CAAGCAUCGGUCGUUCAGUCAAGAAACUCGACUGCACCGAAUCACUACUAAGCUAGGUUAAAUUCAUAAGAGCCAGGAGCGCGCUGCUCUUUCUUAGCUGUGCUUACAUAGUGACUUUUCUGCUGAAUUUGUGCCGCGAUUUCUUCCAAGUGAGAAAAUUCGAGUGCCGUAAUUAUUCGUGACGGAUCGUUAGUGUUCCUGAGUUCUCGCAGGUUAAAGGACGAAACAGGCGGGACAGAGACGGCGAGAAUUCAUUGGUUUCUUUUUUUCAAUUCCAUAAUUCGAACGCAUGGUGCUCCUGAACUCUUUUUUCGGACUUUUAUUACAAUCCACUGCCAAAAUAAGGGCAGCCUGGUGACAGUGAUGAGUGUUUCUUUGCUUGUGUUCGUCGAAGCCGUUGUCGAGGCUUACGUGACUGUGACCGUGACUGCUGUGCCGCCGCCACCGCGAUGUGCUUCGCAAGCUCGGCCACCAAGGAGAUGCUGAAGACGUGGCACACGGAUUCGUUUAAAUGGUGGCUCUAAGGGGUUUCAUUGGAAAGCAUGAGGGAAAGAACGCCCUCUGCCGACGAUACCCCGAAGAGGGCUCCACCAGCUCCACCCAGAGAAGCGGCCUCGGCGGAUGUAGCUGGUAGCAAAACGAGCAGCGAGACGGCAGAAGUUUUCGCCGUGGCGAAGUUCCCGUCCGCCACGGCAUCGUCGUCCACGACAACUGGCCAACCGUCAUCGUUGUCGAGCGUGGACGCCAGGAUGGUCGCGUCCGCCCACAACCUCGACGAUCCGACAGCCGUUGCCCAUCCGGCGAACGGGAACGGCGAGCGGAACCAGCACCAGCAACAGCAGCAACGCGGCGACGAGAAGCACGCCGGCCACAUUUACAGAUCGGCCCAGCAGACCGCCCAGGACGCCAAGAGGAGCAGGCUAAGCAACGUGAUCAACAAUCUUAGGAAGAAGGUGCCCGACCCGAGGAACGGGGAGCCGAACGAGGAGGACGGGAACAGGAACAGCGUGGAGAGAAACCUCGAGACCCUGGAGAAGUACGUGAUGACCGUGUUGAACGGUGUGAUCAAGGACGAGGAGGAGAACGACGAGAGAGAGGUAAGUAGGAAGAAGGAAACCGACAAGAAGAAGGAAGAUGACAAGUUGGCGGCCGGGCACGAGGACGAGGAAGGUCCGAAAGGUUUGGCCGCCAAGUUCGAACCCUCCAAGCCUAACGAGAGCAGGACAGAGGCUGCCGUUUUCCUCUCCGAACAGCCGGACAACCCCAAGGAAUUCUCUUUGGAACUUCGUAAAGUCGAUACGAGAGGCGAGAACUCUUCUACGAGGGGCGAAGAGUUUCCUUCGGUUUGGAAGGAGAAGAAUCAGGAAAGAAAUCCUCUGCCCGACGAUAACACAUGCGGGAAGGAGUCCUCCAAGGUGAAGAGAGUGGAAGAUGGGGAGGAGAAGAAUGUUUGCAUAGGUGGCAAUAAGUGCAGUCCUCCCUGUAAGGAGAUAAAGAGCGAGGAGCAGCAGUGUGUCCAAAAGUGUGGGGGGAGGAACGAUAAUCAGGAGGAGGAGAGGAGAGAGAAUCGUUCAUUGGGGACGAUCAUUAUGGAGAGAUUGAGCGAGAGUUUGUCGGACGGUUGCAACGUGGUGGAAGGUAGCUUGGUGGAUGACGCGAAACACGAGGAAUUCGACAACGUAGAGUUGAGAAACGUGUGCAGAGAUUUGUUGAACGAUCUGUUGAACGACAUCAAUCAAUUGAUCGACGAGAACAGGCAGGAGAAGAGAGAGGAGACGAAUAAGCCGCGGUUGGAUGGCAACGAGGAAUCGAAAGACUCGUCCAGGGUUCAAGAUUUCUCCAUGACGAGCCUUCAUUGCAGCCUGCCCCUGGAUAAAGUGGCCUCCGUGUUGCAGAAUUGUCAGACGAGCGAAUUGGCUGCUCCUCAAUCGCCUUGUUCUUCUUCUUCCUCUUCCUCUUCUUCUUCCUCUUCCCAGGGCUCGAAGUCUCCCAGCAAACCAUCCUCUCCCACCGUCAGGCAUCUCUGCCUGUACUGUGAUCGAAAGUUCAUGUCGAUAUCCCUGAGGCAACGGCACACCGAGAGGGUUCAUCAGCAAGGGGGCGGCAGAAGGUCGGAAAGGAACUCGAGGAAACCGUCGCAGAACUGCCAGUAUUGCUCUGAUAAGUGCGCGGAGAGCUUGGAAGGCCUGUUCCAGCACAUGAUAGGCAGCCACGGUGACAAGUACCACGCUUGUUUGCAGUGCUCUACCAGGUACCUAACCAGGGAGGCUCUAGCCGUUCACAUGAACGAGAAUCACGGUGUGAAUCUCGCGGAGAGGAAUCUUCAAAUUCAGUCUCUCUCGCAGGAGAAGUUGAAGGAAUCCUCUUCCCCCUGCAAGGAGCUAGGCAACCAAAGUCCCCACGACAGGGCAGAUCCGUCGAACCACCCCAAAGAGAGAAGAGGCGAGGAAAGUGAUCAUGAACACCGAGCUGAAACCAGUUUGCUGAAACCAAUGCACCCGGUGAAAGACAACUUCAGCAAUCCGGGGAGCCCGGAGUUCGACAGUUCCUUUUACAGCAGCGUGAGCUGCAACAUCCGGGAGAAUCUUCUUCAUCAUUUGGAUGGAAAACUUCAGAGCUCGUCGACAACUGUAGCGUCCACCGCCAACAGUGUGUCGAUAACAGAGGCGAAGCCUCAACAACAGCAGCAACAACAAUCUUAUUACGAGCACAACGUUAACCAGAUACAAUUCCCUAUAGAUAUAUCGUUGACAGCCGCGACACCGGUUUAUUCCAAGGAGUACAGUAGCGAGGAGUACGAGAAUAACAGCGAGUACGCUCAAAAGCCUGGGAAGAGUAACAGGUCUCAUCCGAGGCGGGUGUCUUUCGAGAAGUACAACUUUCCUAGGAAAUACGACGGGAAGGAGCAAUGGACAUGCUCGAUAAAAGAUCUCAGCAAGUUCGACAUAUCCACCCAAUUGACACUGAGGAAGAAGCAACAGUUGCUCAAGGAGCGUAUAAGUUUGAACAGAUUGCAUCAGCUUACCCUCCUAGGGCCGUGCGAGAUAGUGCAGAAUGAGCAGAGUCACGGCCCCAAAAGUCUCGAUAUGCCUAACGAUCCGGGCAUAGUCGUUGCCAACGAUCCAGAUAUCGAGCAGACGUCUCGUUGCGAGCCUCUGAAAUCGUCGAUCGUCGAUUCGAGCAAACACGAAACCUGUUCCGACGUGAAACCGCUUCAGGGUACCAGUACCGAGUUCACCGUAGAAUUUGGAAACUUUCUGAGGUUAAGGAAAUGGGACGAGAAGAUGACUAUAGAGGCUGCCAAAAAUCAGGAAGUUGUUUACGCCGAGUUGACAGGGGAAUGGUCGAGGCCGAGGGUCUACAUAUGCGGCGCCUGCGCUUCCAAACACGUAACGUUGAAAGAUAUGGAGGACCACAAAGCGAUGAGUCAUCCAAAUGUCUGGUGUUCGCAUUUCGAGUUCUCCGGCGAUCAAAGAGAACUGUAUAAACAUUUGUUUCUACCAGGAAAGGAUAUGCCUACAGCGAAAGCAAGAACGGCUACUUUGCCAGAAAAGGUGUGCACCAAGUGUUCAAAGAACUGUACGACUUUGCCAGAGUUGCACAGGCACAUGUUGGAGUGUGGGGGAGAUCAAGCUUGGUUAUUAGGACUGUUCGGCAAUGGAAAGAAAAAGUGCAAGUGGAGACCGUUUGGAAGUCGUAGUAGGAGACGAAGGCAGCGUGGCAUGAAGAGAAAUAUUCAAAAUUCUCAAACACCAAGGGUGAAUACUCCCAAAGAGAAACAACCCACGGGGCCAAGAGUUAGACCCAGUGAUAGGGAAAGCAUACAAAAGAUGUUGGCCAACUUACCUCCCAAAAGGGCUACCAGAAAGGUGUUGCAAGACAAUACAUUGAAAACACAGGGUAGACUACGUACUGCGCAAACGGGGAGAACGAGGCCGCGGAUGGUCGGCGAUAAUUCCACGGCUUCCCGCAUGUCCCGGAACAAGGCCGUCCUUAGGAACAAGCUGCUGAAGAACGCCAAGUCGAUCCAGCGGAAUCGUUGUCGGAUCGACAACAUAUCGGCGGUGAUCGAGAGCGUGGUGAGAAAUUACACGCCUCGCGCCUCCUCAGACGAGAGGAAGCUGAGCGACAGGGUGUUGGUGGACGACGGCGAGGAGAGGAAAGAGACCAAAGAGAAGGAUUGUACCGCGUUGGUAUACCCGUCGUGCAACGUUCAUUGCGCCCCUCCAGACGAGGCCAGGUUGGGCGGCAGGGGCGGUAACAAAGCGGCGACGAGGGGGCCAAGGGUGUUGGGGAAGAGAAGGAACGUGAGGACGAAGGAGAUCCAUCCGGCAGUGAAAGUUGGUUUGGCCGAUCAGGGUAAGAGAGGUGGUUUGAAGUCAUCCAAGUCAUCCAGAGCUGGAUCCUCGAGGAAUCUCGCGGAGACGAAGGGAGGAGAGCCUUUGGUUUGCGUUUUCGCCGAGGCCAGACCUUCCAGGACCAAAUUCUCUCCCCCCAACGUUGGAGGGAUGGUGGAGAGCGACGAGACGGGCGAGUUGGCCGAUACCACCUUGGAGCUUGAUCCAGUUGAGAAAUCGAUCAAGGGAAAGCUCUCCUCCUCCUCCUCCUCCUCCUCUUCUUCUUCCUCCUCUUCCUCUUCCUCCAUCCAAACCACGCCUAAGAGGAAACGGCCGGUGGAUCCUGUCGCCUCGUUGAACGCCUCCAUCAAGGCCAAGUCCCAAUUGAGGACGCAGGACGGGAAAUUCGCGAGGAAUCCGAACAAGGAGUUCUUGUCGCCCGGGGUUCACAAGGGUUCACCCGUCGAAACCAGGUGUCCGGUUUCAGGACGGUUAACGGGGAAGGUGAGAAACGGCGAGGUAGGUGGGCAGGAGUCGUCGAUCACGAGAUCGAGAUUCAGGGAGAUAUUCAAGAACAACAGCAAGGAAAAUAGCAAUGAACAACAGGUAACGAAGAGGAUCACAAGGCUCUCCUCCGACAGCGACAAGAUGCCCACGUUGGAGCCGGCCGUGCUCCUCCAGGCCUCCUCCAACAACAACGAGGAGUACUUGGAAACGUCGUCGGCCAACGAUCUGCCGAUCCUCUCCCCGGCCACUUCCGGCCAGGAAAAAGCGAGCUUGCCUCGUGGCAGGGUUGUCGGGAAGAGUUUGGAGCAGGAAAAGGGAGGGAAAGGGUCGGAGGAAGGGGUUGGCGAGAGGUUGGAGGAGGGGAGAGGGUGCGAGGGUGCACAAGAGUCGGAUCAAAAAUCGGUUAAAGGAAGGAAGGCGAGAAAUUUGGAUGUUUCGAAGGAGAAGUUCAAGAGGAAAAGCGCUCCUGCCAGGAUGAUGAGCGUGGUAGAGGAGAGGAGAGGCGAGAAGAAGAGCGGGGAGGAGGGGAGGAGGGAAGCGAAGCAGAGGAAGGAGGAGGGGAAAUUGGAAACGAGGAGCACGAGGACGAAAUUGGACAAAUUGUUCGAUGACAGCCCGUUGAAGAUUCAGACCGUCCCUUUCGAGGUGAAGAAGUUGAUAGGCUCGGACAGUAAAGAAGAUUUGUUGACGAAGUUGGCGUUGACUUCGAGAAUCGCAACCUCGAAACGUUGCCUCAGACAGCCUGUAAAAUUCAAAUUCGAACAGGAGAAAGGUAAAUUUCGUAGGGAUUUGGACUUGGAAAGGGCGCAACUUGAUUCCGGUUCCGUCUCGGACGCUUCCACCAAGAAGGAAAAGUUGGACGCCAGGCGAAAGUCUUUGAGGAAAACGGACAAGAAGGAGAGGAUGAUUGGGUCGAAGGAUGACAAAACGUUGGACGAGGUUGAGAGCAGAACGAGGGACGAGGUGAAACCGGCGUCCAGGGGACGAAGGAGCAGCAGCCUGUCAAACGAUAACGGUAAAUCAUUGCCAAGUUCCUAUCAAACGUCCGAAAGUAAGCCUGAUUUCGAAACCGUGGUUCAAUGCGCGGACAAGAGGCAAACUAGGGGCUCGUUGUUGAACACGGCCGAGGGAGAGAUUCAAAACGAGGCCGUGGACGUUACCUCGAAGAAGAAUAGUUUUGGAAAAAGACGAGGUAGAAUUAAAUCUAGCAACGUAGAAACGAUCGACAAAAAGAGCGUCGUCGAGCAUGUGUCUCAGGCAAAGAACGUGGAAACUGACAAGAGCAAUUCAAUCGAGGUUAUCGACAAAGUUAAUUCGAUGGAGCAGAACGAGGUAAACUCUGAUUGCAAGAAAGAUAUCGCGAGCGAGGAAGUUAAAGUUGCGAAGGGUAAGGAAGAAGGGAGCGAGAAAGUGUCGUCCAAGAGUUGUUGUGAGAAAGAGCAAUCUAAUUUUUCAGGAAACGGUGAAACGAUCAAGGUGAAUGAGAGUUUAAAUUUACAAUUGGAGACGAGUAAUUCCAUGGACAGUGGUAAGGAGAACACGUUGGAAAAGCCUGCACCAGUUCAAAAGUUGAAAGUUGGCAGGCCAAGAAAAUCGUGGGGAGCUAAGAAAGAGAGAGUAUCGAAGAGAUCUUUAAAUAACGUAAUUGGCAUUCUUACAGAAGGUAUGAACAUCCCGAUAGAGACCCAACAAAACGCGUUGAACGCGCAGACGACUGUGGACAACGUGGAAUCUCACGAGUCUUUUCAAAGCAACGUUCAACAAUCGAGUAACGACACGGUUAAGUCGCAAAAUUUGGACAAAAAUAUUAAAUCCUCCGUGAAAAACGCCACCGUUCAAGAGCCGAUCAAUAAUUUUGAUCAAUUAAUCGAGAACACAUCCCCCGUUCAGAAGGUUGCUGCAGAAAAUUUGAAGCAGAAUCCUGAAGUUCCAGAAACGGAUUCCAUCAAAGAUAUAAACUUGGUUAAAUCAAUGGAGAGUAGUCAAAAAGUGGAAUCGUUGGCCAAAGAUGUGACAGGGGAACAGUCUCCUGCCAAUGAUAUCAUUUUGGAUUUGUCGAGAAGGAAGCAGAAAGGUAAAGGGUCAUUCUUGGAGAAGAUAGUUUCGAAGAUAGCUAAACAGAAAGAUGCUUUGCUGGAAGGGGAAGUUGGCUCUCUCUUGGACACUGCUGCUGAUGAACUCACCAGCAUAUUGGAGGAGGUUGGGCCUGCUUUCUCAGAGGUCGAUAUUGACAGUUCGACCGAAUCUAAGAUCAAAAGUAAAACUGAGAAUGUUCAAGACAACAAGCAAGAAAUUAUCAAAGAAUCUACUACUAGUGACAAUUGCCAGGAUAUUUUAACACCUGAUAAGUAUUUGGAAAGUAAGGAUUCUGAUGUUAAACCUGAACGAGAGAGGAUAAACUUGACGGAGGAGUUUGAAAGUGAUGGAAGAGACGUAGAAGAUACGAAUAUUUGUAAGAAACAAGAAGAAAUUGUUGGUAAACGGAUCGAAACGAAAUUGCAAAAGGAAGAACAAGACGAGACGUAUUCGAAUGAGAAAGUGACUAGCCCUAAUGAAACUGUCGAUGAAAGUGAAGAAAUUCGAUUAACUAUUGCUGAGAACGGUUUGGAUUCUCAACAAGUGGAAAAUUCGUCGAGGGAAGAAGAGUCGGUGAACGACGAGGUGAGCGAGGAGAUAAAGAUGAAAAGGAAGUCGAAGAAGAAGGGAUUAGAAAAGAAAUCGCCAAAGAAGAACAAAAGGAAGUCGAUUGAAUCGGCGAGUAAUAAUACAGAAGAGGAUAUAAUUUCUGAGAAUUUGACCAAUGACGACGUGAUGCUGCAAUCGAUUGAAAAAUCAAAGCAAGUGCCUUCUACCAAAGAAAACAUUAAAAAUGACUUAUCCACUGAGAUUAAAGAAGCUAGAAUAGAGUGUUGCACGAAGGAAAUUGUAAGUGAUGUUACGGAUUCGAUGGACAAAAAGGAUGACGAUAUCAAGAUAAUUGAACAGUUUUCUGAAAACAAUUUAGAGGAACGUGUACCGACAAAUAAAGAAGAUUCUGUGACGAAAAAUGAAGAUAAGGGAUCCCACGUGGAAACGUUAGAUCAAUACGCGAAAGUCGAAUCAUCAACGAGAAGAUGUUCCAAGAAAUCUCAUCAGGAUGAAAAGACGAGUGAAUUUAUCGAAAAAACGGAAUUGGAAUCAAUAGAUCAUCAAUCUUCUCCUCUCGUAGAGGAAAUAUCUGAGAGAGGAUCUAAGAGAAGGUCUUUCAGAACAAAACCCAUGAGUCAGUCACGAAACGAGGAGAGAAUUGAAACUGAAACCGAAACUCCUGUUAGCAACAUAGAAAAUCCUGAAGUGCCUUCGGAAGAGCCGUCUAAAAAUCUUCAGAUCACGAGAAACGAAGUUCCAAAUGUCGAAACAACAACAACGUUUCCAACUAUCCUAGACCAAGUACCGAUAACGAAUCAAGACAAUGUUGAGGAUGAGAGGAUUCACGACAAAGAAGAUAUCGUAGAAAAUCGAUCGACGAAAGAUCAUCCCGAAAAGAAAGAGAUCGUCGAGGUUCCUCCUCCAAUUGUUAAAGUGCCAAAGAAGCGCGGAAGGAAGAAGAAAUGUUUGACGAUCGACAAGUCGCGAGAGAACACCGACUCCAAAUUGGAAUCAUUGGAAACUCAGCUUCCUCCCAGAAGAUCACUGAGAACGAACAGAAUGUUGUUCGUCGAGGAGGGCGAAUCGGAUCGGACCAAGAAUCUACAAAUUGCUGGCCAGAGUUUAGAAACGUUCAAAAUUCCAGAGGUGACGGAGGUGUUGCAACACACGAAGAAAAGACCGUACAAAAGGAAAUCCACUGUUGACGAGAAUCAGCCGGAUAAUCAAAAUAACCAAGUUGAGGUUGAGAGUACAACUUGCAGUAGCGUGGAUUGCCAAGAUAAAACGAAGGAGGAAGAAUCAGAAUCGUCCCUCGAGGAUGGAAAACAUGCCUCGAUCUCGGAACAAACCGAUUUGGAAAAGUCGAACACCUGGACAGUUGGACCUCCUUCCCUCGAUCAGACAGGCAGAACCAGGUCUAGGAAGAGGAAACAAUUAUCCGCGGAGGACUCGUCGUGUCAAGAUGGGCAGCAAUCGAAUCAGCGAGCGGAGAGCACGGAUAACUUGUCAGAGACAUCUUGCGCCAGCGACAAUCUAGGUUAUUUCAGGAGGAAACGUUUCUCGAAGAAGAGGAAGGAGUUGCGGGAGCGUGAUGACGUGCAGACAGACACCUCUAUCACUGACUCGGAAUCGGAAAAGAACGUCAGUGACAGGAGGCAGAGCUUGAAGAGGAGAGCCAAGAAGAACAUAUCCUUCUUCACCGAGUUCUACUUGAUGGACGAUUUCGACAUUCCCGCGUUGGAUAUUCAGGAUUGCGUGACCCUGCGAGAAGAAAGGGAGACGAGGAAAGAUGAUGGACAAUCGUUGGAAUCGGGGAAUAAAUCAUCGUUGGAGGGAAUUGGUUCGAACGUGGAAGAGGAGAGAAGAUCGGAAGACGAAGUUGGGAAGGGAGGGAACGUGGGGUUGGUGGAAGAUUCGGAUAGGUUAAUCGUUGAGGAUGAGGAGGAAGAUGAGGAGGAGGAGGAGGAGGAGGAGGACGACGACGAAGAGGAAGAGGAGGAGGAGGAAGAAAUUGGGGAGAGACUGGAGGAGGACGAGAGGUUGAACAGCGUUUGCCGGAUAGAGGAUGAUUUCCAGACACCAAAGAAGAGGGGGGCGGGUAAUUACGUGGUUGUGCACAAGAAGACAGGUGAGAUACUGAUCGUGGAGAAGAGGAAGAAGUUGACGAAGGAGGCUGCCAAGUUCUUCUGCAACGUUUGCACGACCAGUUUCACGAGGAAAAGUUCACUGAAGAAGCACAACCAGUCCCAAUCCCAUUUGCUGCAAACGUCUAAAUCGAAAAAGGGUGAGACACCCGCGGAGAACGUGGAGGAUCCUUGCGCUACUAGUCACAACGAUGCUUCCAGCAAUGAGAACAGAAGCGUGAUCGACGAGUCUUUGAUAAAUAUUUCUUCAAAGGAUGAUCAGAAAGGAGUUAAUGCUACAAAGCCUUCCGUUACAGUUGACAGGAUGGAAUUAGCCUUGGAAGGACAGGAUUCCCUGAUCACCACCCCUCAACCCCAUCAACACAUACUUGAAGACGAACUCUUGGACGAGGAAAUUUGUAAGAUCACCGAGAACAUGAGCCACGACGAGUACGUUAUCAUGGAUCAAAUCAGCCCUGAACCAGAAUCCACGUCAACGCCUAUAAAGAUGGAAGCCAAGAGCGAAGUGGAGGAGAUUGGUAAGAAGAGGAAGUACGAAAAGAAGGGGAAGAAGAGGAGUUCAAUUGAUGGAGAAAUCAUCUUGGACAGCCUUGCUUCAGAAAAUCCAAAGGAAAAUUUAAAAACUGUAGUGAUAGAUGCAAAUGUGCCCAUAAAAAUUGUAAAUUCCUCGCAUUUUGACACGACAGAAUCGUGUGACGAUGCAAAUAUAUUGGAAAAUUCGCUUAAGAACUCGAAUAAUAUGGAAUCAGUAGAAGAGAACGUUUCAAGGAUGGAAAAGAACGAUGAUUUCAAUCAAGAACAGUGUUCAGAUUGUAUUGGAAAAUUGGAGGAGAGCCAGGAUGUGGAAAUGGGAGAUGCUCCGUCGAAUACAGGAGAAAUGGCGAAUGAUGUAUAUAGGAAUAUAAAUUAUAAAUUAGAUACCAACGAUAAGACUGAGAAUUUUUCAAAUGUUAGGUUAGAUGACACGGAAAAGGAGCAGCCUUGCGAGCGUGUAAGCUUAAAGUUGACCAUAAACAAACGAACCAUAGAAGUUGGUAAAGAAAUCGAUUCUGAAACUGGCAACAGCUUCAAGUUGAAUUACUUGAAUACCGAUCUCGACAUUGUUAAUUCCAAUUCGAAGGAAAAUUAUGAAAGUGAUAUCCGCAACGUAGAGCCGACCAACGAAUCUGAUAAUUCUAAAAUCGAGGUUGGUGAAUUCGAUCAAGAAGACUCGAGCUCGUCGUCGAGAAAUUUGAACGAUGGAAAGAAGAGUUUGGACGCUAAUUCGGAAUUGGACGGUUUCGAGGAGGAAAGCCUAAGAACGAAUCACGAAUCUUCUGUAAAGGAAUCGGAGAGAACGGCACGGCAAAACGGGAAAUCGAAGAAAGGUAGACCCAGGAAGCACGAGGUGGAAACGGAAGAAUUUGAUCAAUCUUUUACGAGAACCUCUGCCAAAUCUAAACUUAAUCAAAACAAAUUCGACGAGAUUGCCAAACUCUCGCAGAUCGGAAACGAGAAAAAUCCUCCGGUCGAAUCCUCGAAAACUUUCGACGAAAGGUCUUCUUCUAAUUCUACGGAGGAUAACGAGACAUCGAAGAACGACGAUAAAUACGAACCCGAUGGAAUUGCGAAAAUCGAGUCAUCUAAGCCUGAAUCAUCGGGCGAAGAAGAAACCACUUCCCUGCAACGAAGGAUAACGGAGGAAGAGAAACUCUCUUCCGAAGAGAAGAAGAACGACGAUGAUCGAGUCGAAUCUUUCGACGACGAGGCUUCGUCCUCGUCCAGCCUUGCCGACAAACCGUUGUCGCAAGUCUUGUUGGAAAGGGAGGAGAAAUUGGAGAUGUACAAGAGGCGGAUGAACGAACAGGGAUCCAUCCGCGAGGAUGAUCGUAAAGUUAACGAACGUGACGAUAAUUCAUUGGACGAGUUGAGCGAUGGCAGGAAGAGAAAAUCGGCGAGCAACGAGUUCCUUCGAAUCGCGUCGGACGAGGAAGCCGAGAGAACGUUGAAAGAUUCGGACAAGGAUUCGAAGAGUUCGUCAGAAUCGGAAAACGAAGUUUACGAAGGGAGAGUGAUGAUGAGCAACGGUAGAAAAUCGAGCAAAAGGAUGUCAAGGAGUCACAAGUAUUCGAACAGAAUAUCGAGAGGGAGGAGAUCCUGCGCGAGGAGCAAGAUGAAUGAUCUUAACAGCGAAAGUGACGAGAGCGAGGUUGAGGAUAAGAUCGUCGAGUCGCAGAACAAGAGCAAAAUAGUGAAAAGCGUGUUUGGCAGAGUGUUUGGCAGCGGUGAAAAGCCGGACAAAGUGAAGGAGGUGUUGAACGAUUGGGUGUCCAAGUCGGAGGACGAUUCGGAUCUCUCGAGGCCAGGUUUUAGAUUCUCCGAAGCGAAGACCAAAGAGUCCUCCUCCAGCGAGAAGAAAAGGCACACGUCGUUCACUCCUAGUCCCAACAAGCGAAAGAAGCUGAAGAAAAGUUCUUCCUCUUCGACGGAGAGAGGCAAAGAUACAAGUCUGAUGCUGGGAGAUGAAGAGGAGGAGGAGGAAGAGGAGGAGGAGGAGGAAGAAGAGGAGGAGGAAGAUCAAAUGGAGCAUCGUUCUUCCAGAAAGCGUUCGAAAUCGAAGAACAACUCCAGGAGGAAGCACGACGUAGACUACUUCUUGUCAUUACCAUCUACCAAAUGCAGGCAAAGUAAGAAGAGGGCUGAAGAAUUAAUUUCGAGAACAUUCGAGGACGAUUACCUGGACGCCAAUUUGAUUGGUAAAAGAUCGUUGAAAUACAAGGAACCGAAUUAUGGAUUGAGGAAUCAAGGAAAGCCUGAUCUGAUGAUCAAGGACAGUGGCUACGGGUCCUUCAACUAUGAUGAGGAUUCAUCCAAAAUGGUUGCUUUGGAGGAGUCUGUAGAAGAUGAACAGAAGGCGAAAAGAAGGAAAUUGUCAUGUUCCAGGAAGAGUAAAGGCAAGGGUGAGGAGGAAGGUUGGAGGGAUCUGGCGAAUGAUAGGAGAAGUUUGGAGAAUACCAAGGAUUUGGACGAAGACAAGGAGGACAAUUUCGUCAAGGAUUUCCCCCCCGAAGCAGAACCUUUGACUGCAAGUAGACUAUCAGUUGACCUAGAUUCUUCUCGUAGUUGUAGCAGCCUGGCGCCCAGUAGCGUGAGGAAUAGAUCCCCGAGUAUGGACAGAAACUCUCAAACCACUAGAAACUCUGAUAUGAACGACGAGGAAGACGAGAAUAUCGCUCGCAGGCGAAUAUCACCUUUCUUCGUCUGCGGGACGCCGAGGAGUUUCGUGGAGAGUAGCUCGAACAGUGAAAACGAAGAAGAGACGUUAAUCGUCAACCAGGUUGCAACUAGAAAGAGAAGCUCGAGCGAGUUUUCUAGCGAGAAGAUUGUCAUCAGAUCCCCCUCUUCGAUCCACAAGAGUGAGGUCGUCACUAUAGCACCCACCGACGCCAUAGAAGAUAACGCUUUGGAUGUUCCACAGGAGAUAGAGGUGGCGAAGCCCAGACAGGGCAAGGUAUUGAAUUUCGACGAGGAACUGUUUGUCGAGUGUUGUUCUAGAUUGAAAGCAACCACUGAAAACGAACUUAGAGGCGCUAAGAAGAUCAAGCUUGAUCAUAACGAAGGUUAUCAUAAGAAGGAUGAUCAGCAUCAAGGAUUCAGAGGGCCUAAGGAUCGAUGGAGGGAUGUGGAGAGUCAGAACAGCUUGGGAAGUCUGUUAGAAUCGGUAAAUCAGUUACUAGGCGAAGAGAUGUACAGCACUAGAGAAAGGGAUUACCAAAAGCAUGGCAGUAGAAAUCUAAGGAGCGAGCAUUCCAGCAGAUCAGCCAGUCCUGACAUGGCCAGAGCAGACAAUUUGGGCUACGAAGACAGUCUGGACGUUGCAUUCGAGCACAACAACAAACUCAGAGACAAAAUUCAACAACGUAUGAGAGAGAGCGAGAAUCUGAUAGCCAGCACGUUUGGACAGAAGAGCAAUAACGAGUUGAUACGGGGUGAACGAGGCUUUUCUAAGAAGAAUGAAUUGGAUAUCGCGAAAAAUUCGUACUCUAGUAGUCUACAAGAUCAAGGACGCAUCGCUGGUUCGAAUCUGUCGGAUGGAGACUACAAUACUUUGCACAGUAGAGACCCACAAGAGGAGCACAACGAUAGAAAAAUGAAUUUAGAAUCUUCAGGGCUGAAGGGCUCUAAAAUGAACUCUUCGUUAGGAGGUUUACUGGACAAAGCGUUGUCCAACUUAUGGCACAACAAUGAAAAACAUGAUCACAAUGGAUCCACGCCAAUGAAGGUUUUAGCCGAAUUAGCAUGUGCUCGCGCCCCAACAUCCACAGCUGAGGAUCCAGCUUCCAAAGAAGUGAUUCAACCUACGAAGACUUCUUUGACCAAGGAUUCAAUUCUUGAACCAAACCCUAUAACCAUGUCCAAAGACUUGCAGAAGAAAUCUAGAAAUCCUAUCAAAGAACUUUUCGAGAGGAAAAAAGAAAUGAACGAGAGGAAACAACAAGAGAAGUCAAAAACAGAUGCAGCUCUUCGAGAAAUAAAUAUACACAAACAACGCAAAGCGAAAAAGACAAAGAAACAUCAGGAUUUUCCUUUGAUCCGCCGUAAUGAACACGGAGGUCUGGUUGAAAGGAAAAAACGUCGUGAUGGAUUUGAGAGAAAAGAAGAAUUUGUCUCGGACAAGAUCAAGGAUAUUUAUGAAUUUGACGAGGAGGAAAGUCAAAUAGAAACUAAUCUGGGUAGUGUCAUGUCUUACAGGAGUAAGCCAGGAUAUGAAAUAAACUGUUUGAAAACCAAAGAAAUAGAUAUGAGUGGUUUAAUGUCCAAAGCUAUUGGAGAUAAUCUAGAAAAUGCAAAAACUGAUGAUGCUUUAAACGACAGAUUAGAAUCUGUGAUUGAUAAAAAGUUCAAGAAACUGGAAAAGUUUGCUCCAAAAACGAAGGGCGCUUUGAAAUCUUUCCAGAGUGAGGAUCAGCAACAACAGAUUACUGGACCUAUGGAUGAAUUUGUGGAAAGGAAGCAAUCAAAAGGUAAAAGAUCUGUAGAGCAAUCUCUGAAGCAUUCGAAAUUGAAGAAACGUAAUAAGAAUUCUAAGAAAAAAACUAGGAAUGCAUGGUAUGAAAAUGAUAGCUCUGAUGAAUACAGAACUGCUAUAAAAGCUGAAGAUAUUGGUGUAGGUAUUUCGAAGAGUCAAAGAACAUGUUCGAAAGGGAAACAAAAUAUUUUUGCGGAAUUGUACACUUCGUCUGAAAGUGAAUUUGAGGACGAAGAAACGGAUUAUGAAUCGAGAAAACAGAGAAGAGUGAAAAAGAGCAAUAAGAAAAUAACUGAAUUAGAAAACGUGGAACAAGGUCAAGAAUCGAUUAAUAAAUAUCAAAUUUCUUCCGAAGACGAAGAUCAUGUGGAUGAUUGGAGGGAUGAAAAUUUGAAGAAUGAUAUCUCUAAGCAUGAUUGUGAUAACAAAAAAUCUGAAUCAGAAAUGUCAGAUCAUCCCUUGGUUAUCGACGAGAGGAAAGAUUUAGAUGAACAGAGAAAUAGCGAUGAUGAAACUGAAAACCAAUACGAGAGAAACUUUGAAAUGGAUGAUCUAUAUAGAGAAGACAGUUCCGUUGUUGAUUCAGAAGAAGAUUCAGCUCCUCUCACUGAGUUAACAAAAGAUCCAGAAGAGUUCAGAUCGAAUGGUCCAAAUCUACCAGAAGAAAAUACUGGUACUAAAAAAGAUUAUAUACAGGAAAAUGAAUUGAUUCCACUUGAGGAAGCUUUAGAUCUUUUAGAUCAAGCUGACAACGGAAAUUCCGUAGGAACAAAAUAUGAUAAUGUAAAUAAAACUGGUAAGUCUACUGAACAUGUGAACUCACUAACAACAGAACCUGAAAAUGAAACGUUUAAUCCUAAUAAAGAAGUAGCAAAAUCUCCUGUUCAUAUAGAUGUACAGGAGGAAGAACUUGACAAUGAACUCCUAGUCUUACCUGAGAAAUUAUCGAGUAAUGAAAAACCGCAAAAGGAAUCUGAAAAUCUUCCAUUACAUGUAUUUUUAAGUAGAAAAGUGCAAGAGUCAAAGAAGAGAAAAGAACAACAAUUGAAGAAAAUGCAAGAAGAACAAGAAAGGAUAUUAAUGGAUUUUCAGCCUACUAGAAGACAGAGAAAAUGUGCUAUUGGCAAACAAGGAUUGUUGGCAGAGAUUAGUAGCUCUGAUGAAGAAAUGAGUUCAAAAGAUAAAAAAAUAAAUGAUAAAUCAGAUCAUGAUAAACCACGAAAACAGAAGAGAGAAUCGAAGGAAAAGAGGAAAGAAAGAUAUAUAGAAAAAAAACACGAACAAAUGAUAGCUAAGGAACAAAAGGCUAUCGAGGAAGAAAUUUUGCGAGAAGUUGGAAAGAAAAAAGAAUCUCUUGCACAAAGUGUUGCAGAUGCAAAGACAGAUAUUAAUAGUAAGGAGUCAGAGAAUACGAAAUCAACGGAAAAUAUAAUAGUACAAGAAUUAUCACAAAAGAAAAAAGCUAAGGAAAAACAAAAAAAGCAAAAUAAGACAGACGAAGAUUUUUAUGUUAAGAAUAAUCAUGAAGGAUUGAGCGAUUUAGAGAACAACUGUAACAAGUUCAUGCCUAUGGACAGCAAUCACGAGAAUGAAAAUAAUCAACAAGUUUCUGUGAAGCAAAAAAAGCACUCUAAGUCUUUAACAAAGCCAAAAAAGACCACGAAAUUAGAUCAAAAAAUGACAACAGGUAAAAAGAACAAGAAUACGAAUUCUGAAAGAAGGAACAGAACAGAUUCGAAAGGAUCAAAGGAUAAAGAACGUAGGUCUUCUAGUGGCAAACGAGAUUCUGGUGAUGAAGAACUGAAGACGACAAAAUCUUGGAAUAAGGUCGAAGAAGGAGUUGGAGUGGCUAUUGGCCGACGAAAAAGAGCAGCUGCUAAUCAGUUAUAUUAUUGGUCGAGUUCCAGUGAUGAAGAGGAAAUGCUCGAAAUUGUUCCUGCAGUUGAAGAGGAAGAAGAUGAUCGUCAAGAACAACACGGUUGGAUCGUUGGUGAUUCUCAUAAAAGAAUGAUUACGAUGCUUGCUAUGGAAAAGCAGUUAAAGGAGAAACGACGGAGAAGCGAGGAAGAAUUUGAGUCUGGCAAAACGAAGAGUAAAAAACACAGAAACAGCACCUCUUGAUACGUGUUUCACGAUUAGAUUCGUCUUAAAUUAUUAGAAUCAAACUUGAAUAAUAGACACUUUUGUAGCUAGAUUUCUCUGACUGGAAAUGUAUCGAGGAAUAUAGAAUUCCUUUUUUCAGUGUCAGACUCAAAGUUACAAAAUUUGAAAUAACAACCUAAGAACUGCGAUUCUUAAUACAUAUUUUAUAAAUAGAAUCAUCUGAGGAAUUAGAACAAGUGAUUGAAUACAAAUGUGUUAUGUCAGACAUAACAGAAUUAGAUCAACUAUAAUUUUUAAAGAUGAAGAAAGAAGUAUAUACAUAGAAAAGAAGAACAAGAAGAAAGGAGAAACAUAUAAGCAGCAACUUUUGAUACACAUUUCAGGACUUAGGUUUUUCCAACUAAAAUGCUCUGAAGAGUCACAUCAUUCUUUUUUCUAAAGAUAGAACUGGAUUUCUUAAUAACAUACAAAAUUACAAUCGAAAAAAAGGACUUUUCUAAGGAGAAAUAGUGUAACCGGAUUUUUUGAUACUAGUCUUAGGCUCGCGAAGAUGAACAAAAAUGGUUAGGUUUAUUAAGGUAGCUAAAGGAACAUGUUAGAUAAUAAUGAAAAUCUAAACCAGCAAUUUUUUUUCAUUAUAAAGACAAUGAACCGAAAGAACAGUCUGUAAUUAGAUCACAAGAAAAAA